AUGAAAUUAUUUUGGUUUGUGAUAUUUCUAGUGCAAUGUUUUAUUAGUAUUAAUGCGAAAUGGGUACGUGAUGUUGAUUCAAGAAUUGUCGACGAAAUAAAACAGAAUCCGUCCGUUGCUUAUUUAAUUCAAUUCCACGCACCAUGGUGCGGGCAUUGCCGAAAAUUUGAACCUAUCUACGAAGAAAUUGCCAAAGAAGUGUACGAUUUAUCAACGAAUAUCGAUGAAUUUAAAAAUAUCCGUAUUGUUCGUAUUGAUGCUACUGUUUAUACUGAUGUUGCCAAUCGUUAUGAUGUACGUGGUUAUCCAACAGUAAAAUUUGUUCGUGGUCUACAAAUGUUUACAUAUGAGAAUGAACGAUCAAAACAAGCUGUGCUAGACUUUUUACGACGUGUUAACGGGCCUGCUCUACGUUGGAUUCCAUCCAUUGGAAGAUUUAAUGAAGUGCGUCGUGAACAUGACGUCUUCUUUAUGUUUGUUACUACGAGUUAUGAUGAAGAUGAUGUUUUAUUUAAUCAAUAUAAAAGCCUUGUGAAUCAAUUGUUAAGUCAAACUUAUUUUUAUGCAACAAAUGUUUCAAUUAUUCAACAAACAUAUUUUUCAAAAUAUAAAACAGAUGCUAAAUCACAAAUAUUUGCUAUAAAAACUGAAGGAUUCUAUUUAUAUGAACCAGAUGAAUACAAUAAUAAUUUAGAACAAUUUAUAAUGAAAGAAAAAAUUCCUACUUUUCCACAAGUUUCGUCAGGAAAUAUACAUGACAUUAUUGUAACAAAAAAAAUUGUUAUUAUUUAUGGAUUUAAAGAUCAAAAUGAAGUAAUUGCUCAAAAACAGAAAAGAAACGAAUUAAAAACUCAAAUGCGUAAUUAUAUGAUGAAGCAUUUAUCAACCUAUCGUGAUACAUUCCAAUUCUCAUGGUCAAACGAUCUUGAAUUACUCAGUAAUAUUGCUGUAUGGACACUUGAUGAACCCUUAAUUUUUCUCUACGAUAGUGUUCUACAUAAAUAUGGUAUUUAUCCAUUAUCAUCGAUGAUCGAUAGUAAUAUACAAUUGGAACCAAUACUUGAUUAUAUUAUAAAAAAUCAUACAGAUAUAAUUCAAUAUUCAGGUGAUACAUGGUCAAAACGUUUAUUUCGUCCAUUUUGGGAAUUAUAUCGCACAAUAAUAUUAAUGUUUAUGGAAGCACCAUUUGUAUCUUUGCUUAUUAUUGGUAUACCUGUAUCGAUUAUAUCACUUAUAUGUUACUGUUUAUGUUGUUCGUCGAGUGACAAUUCAUCGAGUAAAACAAAAAAUUCGAAGAAAAAAAGAAAAAACGGACAAAUCGAACCAGAAGAAGACGAACAAAAUAGUGGUGGCGAAGAUGAUGAUGAAGAAUAUGAAGAGCGUAUUGUUCAAGUUGAACCAAGAUUUAUUGAAAAUUUUGUUAAACCAGCUGAUGCACGUGAUAUACCAACAUGGCCUAUUAUGACAGACGAUAGUCAAAAGCCAAUGAUUGAAAAGAAGAAAGACUGA